AUGUUGACAGGAAAUAAACCUGAGCAGGCAGGUUUUACGCAGCUCGAUCCUAGAUUUCGUGAGUCUACAGUGAGUGAUGGCAGCGAAACAGUCUCAUCGGAUGAGUUGAAACAUCUCCAGAAAAAGAUUCGAUUCAAGGUGGAUAUCCGGCUAUGCACCAUCGCUGGAAUACUCUGUAGUCUUGACCUUCUUGACUCCAUGAUCCUGUCAUCAGCAUCGGUCACCAGCAUGUUCGACGACUUGGACCUGUAUGGCUCUCGGUAUUCUGUUUCCAUCUUCAUCUUCACUAUCGCCAGUGUGGUCUUUCAGAUUCCCUGUACGGUAGCAAUACGAUUUGUCGGUCCACGAAUCUGGUUUGCUACCAUCACAUUCUGCUUUGGAUUGAUUACGAUGUGUACGGCGUUUAUCCACACCUGGAAACAGAUGAUCGCUCUGCGGAUCCUACUAGGUAUCGCCAUGUCUGGAAUCUAUCCGGGCUUGACCUAUCUCAUCAGCACCUGGUAUACUCGACAGGAGCAGCAGCUUCGGUUUGCAUUCUUGCAGUCUGGGGGCGUCCUCAUUCUGGCUACAGGAAACAUUGUCAACUACGGUCUUAACCUUUUACACGGACGGUCUGGACUCGCGGGAUGGCGCUGGAUAUUUCUCGUUCAGGGCCUCAUUGCAUGUGUGAUUGGAAUCGUUACCUACUGGUGGAUGAUAGAGUUCCCAGAAAAUGCACACAAGAGCUUCUAUUUCCUGUCCGAGGAGGAGACUCGUUUGGUAUCGAAGCGAAUCCAAGCGGAUCGAGGUGAUGUAGCCCCAGAUCCUUUCUCGUGGAGCAAAAUAUUCGUCAAUUUUCUUGAUCCAACGAUAUACGGAUUGGCCUGUAUGUUCUUCUUACUGAACAUGGUGUCGACAUCUUUGAGUUACUUUCUUCCUAUUAUCCUCCAGUCAGGAAUGGGGUUUUCCAGCAAUGCAUCUAUCAUUCUUUCAACUCCGCCGUAUUACUGGGCCGUCAUUCCCGUGGUUCUUACCUCCAUAGUUGGGGACACCUACCGAAUCCGUGGGCCCUUGAUUAUAUUCAACGCUCUAUGCCUUAUCGCAGGCUUUAUUAUGCUUGGUAUCCCCGCUUCAACCCAAGUAACCGUGCGAUAUAUCGGAACAUUCCUUGCUACCGGUGCUUAUGUAUCAAACUGGGCGGCUCUUAAUGCAUAUAUGGGAAACAAUGUUGUGGGACAGUGGAAGCGAGCUACCGUGUCUGCUACGACUAGUGCCUUCAAUGGCCUCGGGGGUGUGGCAGGAAGUUAUAUUGUCCGGCAGCAAGAGGCACCACAGUAUCUGACUGCGGUUUGGGUAUCUAUUGGCUCGCAUAUUCUGAUUAUCGGAAUUGUGGUGCUUUUUACGUUAUACUUUUAUAUUCAGAAUAGAAAGGGGGGCAAUGGGAAGGCUCUCCAAGGCACGGUAAGCUGUCUUCCUUUGUGA